AUGUUCAUUUGGGAGUGGGAUCUUGCGGCUCGUCUCCAUGGGAAUGGGAAAGGCAGCAUCACACGUGGGUGCAGCAUCAGGGUUGGUGCUCUGCCCGCUCGCAGAAAUUGGCAAGGUGCGCUUGCUGAUCCGUGGGGCAAGGUUCUGGUUGUGGGCGGCCUGCUCCUGCUCGCUCAUCGGGAGCCAGCAGGGGGGGAGGGGGGAGAGACGCUGCUGCCUGGCUGGCUGCAUGGCGCCGACCUGCUCACGCCGGGCAGCUCCGAGCCGCAGCGCCGGCGGAACGGGCGCCGGGGGUCGCCGGCGCGCGCGCCGUGGAGGGCGUCACGCUUGCGGGAUACGUGCGAAAUGGAAGCUGAACAUCUUGGGCCAGCGAGACCACUGGCCAUCAUUCGACGGCGAGC